AUGUUGAUUUUAAAGUUGACAAAUAGAGGGCGCUCUAGUCAUCAAGCUGAGUGUGGCAGGACUUGUCUAGUGCAAGAAAACCUAAAAUCACCUAAAAUAAAAUUAACGUUAUUCAUACGUAUUUGCAAGUGUACCAUAACUUUCAUGGUGUCUUGGAGUAUUGUGGCCGCUGUCUUGUACAAUCUGGAACCACCGGUUUGCGGAUAUUUAAGCGAUGAGUUUGCACACUUGCGUUGCACUCGUAUUUUCGUUUCCCCAUCUACCACCAUGCAGCUGCUGGCGAUUGUGUACAUAAUUUCCUUUGCCAGUCUGGCCGUUGCCGACGUAGUUACAGUACAGCAAUGUACGGAAGGAUCGCUACCGCUGUCAGUGGAUGUGACCGGAUGUAGAGCGACGCCUUGCGAACUACCAAAGGGACAAGAUGCGGCCGUACUGGUCGACUUUACAGCUGAUCGCCAUCUGACAGCACUCGUACCGAAGGUACAUGCCAGUUUUGGGGGAAUGACGGUACCUUUCGAGCUUCCCGAUGAUCGGAAAGAUGCGUGCCAGUGGCUCGUGGGUGGUAUGUGCCCUGUAUCUCUUGAUGAGGAUGUUACGUACGAGCUUCGUCUACCAGUGCUCGCAGUGUACCCUUCGUUAAGCCUUACGGUGGAGCUGAAGCUUGCCGAUCAGGACAAUAAGGUCGUUACUUGCUUCCAGCUUCAGGCGAAGGUAGUCUAAGUGCUAAAAGUAGUAA